AUACAAUCUAGCGUAUCAAUAUAUAAAUAGAGUACACACGCUGACGCCGCACACUGAUCCUGCAGACGGAAAGUCGAAAUAUCAGGAAGGACAUACUGGAUUUCCGGUGAACGUAUGUGACUCAGAUAUCAGAAAUGCUGCACCCCCGGCGCAGUGCCCAGGCCGUUCUACUUUGUGACCUCUGUGAAACUGUACCCCUACAGCGUCACUGUGAACUUUGUAAUAUAAACUUAUGCAAGACCUGUGUUGGGGAACACCUUUCUGAUUCAUCUAAAAAACACAAUGUCGUGUCCUUUUCAUACAAAAAGUCUACUCCUAACUACACAAAAUGUAAAAAACAUGCCGACAAACAUUGCGAACUUUACUGUAAGAAAUGUGACAUUCCCGUCUGUUGCACCUGCAUCUCAAAACAACAUAAAGGGCAUAAUUUAUGUGAUAUUCUGGAAAUACUCAGCUCUAAAACGGAAACUUUACAAAAAGAUUUAGAGGAACUAGAGAUCAGAAUUUAUCCUCGAUAUGAAAAAAUGGCAUUUGAUGUCCAAACUGAAAAAGCCGAGUUACAAGCGAGUUACGGGAAACUGACAACAGCUGUCGAUCAACAUGGAGACGUCUUGCACCGAGCGAUCACUGCCAUUGUAAACCAACGGAAAUCCGAUAUUGAGGAGAUGAAAAAUAACCAUAUGGCUGCUUUAGAUAAAAACACAUAUCAAAUCACACAGAGAAUUACAGAACUUAGAAAAAUAAUUGAGGACCUGAAGAAAAUACUGAACACCAAGGACGUCUCUCUAACAUCUGCUUACAAAUCUAGGAAUGGCCAGUUCCGACAUUUACCUCCUAAAAUCCAUAUUACUUUACCAAAUUCCUCUCCUUCCAAAAUAAACAAAUAUCAGCUUAGUAAUAUGUUUGGGUGUCUGUCACCAUUGUCCAUUACAACCGAAGAACAAGUUUACACCAUUAUGUCACCAGAAGCUGUAUCGUCUCCUCCAGUCAAACCACUGCUAGAUGAACCGCGCCUCACUGCCACCAUAGACACUGGUUAUAAUACACUAUUCAGUGUUAGCUGUCUCAGUGAAAAUCAAGUCUGGACAUGUGGGAAUGAUGAAAUCAUGAAGCUCCUCAACCUUCAGGGGAAACUACUGACAUCAGUACAAACCGAGCCAGGGAAUGAACCAGAGGACAUAGCAGUGACGCGGGACGGAUAUCUUGUUUAUACUGACACUAAUACUGUAAACCUAGUGAAAAAUAAACAGAUACAGACCAUGAUGAGACUACAAGGCUGGAGACCACUCAAUGUGUGCAGUACCUCUUCUGAUGAUCUCCUGGUUACCAUGUUCAGUGAUGAUAGAAAACAAUCCAAAGUUGUCCGUUACUCCGGCUCCACAGAGACACAAACCAUUCAGUUUGAUGAUCAGGGUAGUCCUCUCUAUUCAUCUGGUUCUUACUAUAAAUACAUCAGUGAGAACAAGAACCUGGAUAUCUGUGUGGCUGACAAUGAAGCUAAAGCAGUAGUGGUGGUCAAUCAGUCAGGAAAACUUCGAUUUAGAUACACUGGUCAUCCCUCUAAUACAAACGAAUCAUUUACGCCACGUGGCAUCACUACAGACAGCCAGAGUCACAUCCUGACAGCAGACUUUAGAAAUCACCGUAUCCACAUCCUAGAUCAGGACGGACAGUUCCUCCGUUACAUUCAAAAUUGUGAUUUACGCCGUCCAUACGGUUUGUGUGUUGACAUCAGAGACAACCUCUUUGUGACUGAAUGGAACACUGCUAAAGUAAAGAAAAUCAAAUAUACAUUGUAAAUAAGUAGUGUUAAUUACACAUCUAACCAAUAUGUUGAUUAUAUAUCUGAAAACAAUGUUCAUUACAGUUUUCUGUUAAUCACGGAUCUCUAUUUGAUCAAAGUUAUGUUAGAUGUACUGUUUGAUAUUGAUAAUAACUUGAAAGAUAAAAAUGCUAAUGUACUAGUAUACAAUUACAAAUAAAUGCUAGAAGAUAUAAGACAAUAAAUCUAACUGUAAUGUAAAUGAAAUCUCAUCCAAAUGCUUUUUGGAGUUCUUAUUGUGUAUGAAAUAAAUCUAAUUUCUAAACAAGGAUACAUUCUACCACGAUGUUAAGAAUGACCCCCAAAAUUGUUUGAAAAAAAAUAAUAAAAAGUGGUGAAUACACUUUUCUUAAGUCGUAAUAAUGAGAUAAAAAAUCUUUAUAACGAAAUACAAAGUUUUUCAAAAUGAGCAAAACGCUCAUAUGAGCAGACUUCUAUAACACUAUGAAAUAUGGGCCACAUCACUCAUGUUGUGAUUUUUAAAAUCUUUUUUACAAUCUUUUUUCCCAUGAAAAAUGUUGACCUUGUAUUGUGUUCCAACCUAACUCCAAAGGAUAACGCCACAACCAAACUUGAAUUCACAGAACAUGGGGAUGUCUCAAUACCACUAUGAUUACUUUGCUGUUCUGCAAAAGAAGACAUUUUAAAAGGUUGUCUUUCGUGUAUACAUGCAUUAUAUAAAAUUUGAUCGCCCUAUCCCCGAAGUUAAUGAUUUGAAGAAGAAAAAUUAAAUCAAAACCAUUUCAAAGUGUUUGCAAUUUGUUGUAAUGUGGACCCGCUGCUCUUGAAAAGAAUUUGUUCUUUUAAUGAAUUUGCUGUAUAUUGCUAUAUAAAACGAUGA